UCUCGUGAACGGAUCAGACAAACGACAGUAAAACCCUCUGGUAUUUGGAUUAUCAAUGGGAAGAAAUGAGUCCAAUGUUUAUGUGUUACGGUAGAAAUCCCGUGAUUUUCUCUCGGGAUUUUCGAUUUUUUAAAGUACCGAAAACAUAACCUUUUCUUUUUUACUUCUCUUCUUCUUCUCUCGUUUUGCCCCUCGUAUUAGCGUCUCGAAUACGCUGAUAAAUUAACUGGAUACGCCUGCUACAGUCACGACCUUUUGCAUUGAGGAGGAAAAAGAUAGAGCUUAUGGAGCAGAAAACUGAGACAGUUCUAUCAAAGUAUACACCUGUUGUUUCCAUGACAAACCAACUAGAGCUUGCGGCUGAUCUUAAGGGUGAAGAGGUGGCAGCUAGAUUCACACCUGAUGAUGCUCAGAGGGAUGAGUGGUUUGUCGUAAAAGUAACUCAUUUCGAUAGAGAAACAAAAGAAUUUGAAGUAUUUGAUGUGGAGCCAGGUGAUGAUGAAGAUGGAGGCUCCCAGAGAACGUACAAGCUACCUAUGUCACGCAUUAUUCCUUUCCCAAAGCGAAAUGACCCCUCUAACGCACCUGAUUACCCAACUGGGAAAUGUGUUUUGGCAGUCUAUCCUGGAACCACUGCAUUGUUUAGAGCAACCGUGGUUAAUCCUCAUCGCAAGAGGAAAAACGACGACUAUUUACUGGAGUUUGAUGAUGAUGAAGAAUAUCAUUCGACGCCACAAAGAACGGUACCCUUCCAUAAGGUGGUUCCAUUGCCAGAAGUCCUACAAGUCAUGAAAAGCAUGUCAACAUACAGAUUGUGGAAAUUGUUGGCCGGUAUACGAAUAUGACCCUUUUUAUGCCUUAUCUACGUUAGCUCUACCAGAUUUUUUCUGAAUGCUCUUGUUAGUAUAUUCCAAAGAGACUGAAGUCCUUGAUACUGAAAUUUAUAUUCGUAGUAAAGAAGCAUAAUUUUUGGAUA